CCUGCCCACCCUCACUCCACGCGCACGCGCACAGCCGCACGCACGCACGCGCUGGCCGCCAUCACAGGUGUCGCUAGCUAGCCAGCAGGCUAAGUGUGGGUGUUAUGCGCUGAGAAGGAUCCGUCUGACCCGCGCCUCUCGUCGGCGGACCGUAGCCGCCAUGGAGUGCCGCGUCCUGUCCAUCCAGAGCCACGUCGUCCGGGGCUACGUGGGCAACAAGAGCGCCUCCUUCCCGCUGCAGGUUUUAGGCUUUGAAGUGGACUCCAUCAACUCUGUGCAGUUCUCCAACCACACAGGAUAUUCGCACUGGAAGGGUCAGGUGUUGACAGCCGACGAGCUGCACGUCCUCUACGAGGGCAUCAAGCUGAACAACGUGCACCAGUACGAUUAUGUCCUCACAGGCUACACCAGAGACACGUCUUUCCUGGAGAUGGUGGUGGACAUUGUCCAGGAGCUGAAGAGAGCCAACCCCAACCUGGUGUACGUGUGUGACCCGGUGCUGGGUGACCAUGGAUCGAUGUACGUCCCUCAGAACCUUUAUCCCGUCUAUAAGAACAAGGUGGUUCCUGUGGCUGACAUCAUCACUCCCAACCAGUUUGAGGCUGAGCUGCUGACGGGUAAAACCAUCAGCACAGAGAAAGACGCGGUCGAGGUGAUGGACCUGCUGCACGCCAUGGGUCCAGACACGGUGGUCAUCACGUCGUCCGACCUGCCCUCCAGGCUGGGAGACCGCUUCCUGGUGUCGCUGGGCAGCCAGCGCCACGUUCGCCCAGACGGCAGCAGGACGACUCAGAGGGUUCGGAUAGAAGUUCCCAAAGUGGACGCCGUCUUUGUGGGGACCGGGGACUUGUUUGCUGCCAUGCUGCUGGCGUGGACGCACCACUACCCCAACGACCUGAAGACGGCGUGCGAGAAGACAUUUUCGGUGAUGCAUCACGUCAUCCAGAGGACCAUAUCGUACGCUCACGAACUCGCCGGUCCCGGUCGCAGGCCCAGUCCGCCCCAGCUGGAGCUGAGGAUGGUGCAGAGCAAAGCGGACAUCGAGGACCCCGCCAUCGUGACGGAGGCCACCGUCAUAUCGUAACGAUCGCCCGCCUCGGUCCCUGUAAAGCUCAUUUUGUAACACAUCCCCUCAGAAGGACAGGGAGUCACAAACGCAACACGAGCCGCGGCCCCCGCCGAGGUAGUGCGCCUGCCACCGCUACGCAACACUUUGCGCUCCACGUCCCGUUUGUCCGUGGCGCUCGUUGUCGUCUUGUCCUCCACGCCUGGUAGCAGCGUUAGCGCUGGCUGUGUCUCAAACGGAGCGCUCGCUCCAGUGCACUUCCAUAAGUACACUGCGAGUGUGUGAAUGCCCACGGUGUAGUGCUGUCCCGGAAUCCAUCACAAUAUUUACCUGCUUCUCCUCAUCCGCCAUUGCCGCUCUGAAUGCAGCGUCCGUGUACCGGCAGUAGGGAUGUAACGAUAUACGGUAAAAUCAUCAACCACGGUAAAACCCCACCACGCUUUGUCUUACCGUUUUAAAAGUGAAAUGAUGCUAAAAUCGUGAUUUGAUGAAGUCAAAUGGCUUAAUAGCUAACAUGAAUACAACAGACAUGACCUCUUUCCCCUAAUAAAAAAUGACAUUCCCCAAUCUAAACUUGUAUAAACACAUUGCUGUCUGAGUAAUUAAGAUAUUAAAUUGUGUACAUUAAACCCACAGACUGUGCUCUCUUAGAGAGAUACAGAUACUCGAAGCAAUAUGACAACAGGAAGUGAAUUUGCGCGAUGACACAAACCGGACGUAACGCGCACAACACAUUUUUUUCCCUUUUGUCAUUAAAAAACACUUUAAAAAAUAAAACGGAAGAAGAUCAACUUUUUUUUCUCUCCUCUCCUUGUUAAAAAAAAAAGUGGAAAAAAAAUAUAAAAAGAAGAUAAACAUUUUUAAACAGAUUAAACCAGAACAAUGUUAUGACUAGGGGUGUCAAAAAUGUUUUAUUUUCAAAUGAAUCGCAAUUCUUAUUUGUAAGGAUUUUUAAUCGAUUCAAAAAUCUAUUUUUUUAAUUUGUUUGUUUGUUUCAAUCUGCCCCGUCCAGCCAGGCAAAUCAUAUUGUUGAUGUAAAUGCCAAUAUUUGCUGUGGAGAUUCCCUUCAUUAAAUGUUGAAUUUUAAUGAAACAAAACCAGUUUUCUUUUAAAUAAUAUACACAUUUAUCACAGCUGUUUAUCUAUUUUAUGGAGGAAUGCCAUAGAACUGGCACCCAAUGUUAUUAAAGUAUUGAUUUUGAAUCAAGAAUCAUGUCUGAAUCGAAUCGUUACCCCCAAGAAUCAAAUCGAAUAUAAUCGUGUGGCCCCCAAAGAUUCACAGCCAUACUUGCCAACCCUCCCGAUUUUCCUGGGAAACUCCCGAAUUUCAGUGCCCCACCUGAAAAUCUUCCGGGGAAACCAUUCUCCCGAAUUUCUCCCGAUUUCCACCCGGACAACAAUACUGGGGGCGUGCCUUAAAGGCACUGCCUUUAGCGUCCUCUACAACCUGUUGUCACGUCCGCUUUUCCUCCAUACAAACAGUGUGCUGGCCCAGUCACGUAAUAUAUGCGGCUUUUACACACACACAAGUGAAUGCAGUCAUACUUGGUCAACAGCCAUACAGGUCACACUGAGGGUGGCCGUGUAAACAACUUUAACACUGUUACAAAUGUGCGCCACACUGUGAACCCACACCAAACAAGAAUGACAAACACAUUUCGGGAGAACAUCCGCACCGUAACACAACAUAAACACAACAGAACAAAUACCCAGAACCCCUUGCAGCACUAACUCUUCCGGGACGCUACAAUAUACACCCCCCGCUACCACCAAACCACGACCCCACCUCAACCCCUCCCCAUCUCCCAAAUUCAGAGGUCUCAAGGUUGGCAAGUAUGUUCACAGCUCUAAAUAUUACAUGACAUCUCUUCUACCAAGAAGAUAAAGUGUGUGGCUACUUAAUAAAACUUGGUAAUAAGUGUGAAUAAGUACUUUUUGAGCACAUAUUAAUAAUAAUGACAACCGUGAUAUUGUUAAUGACAUGAAAUGUUCAUAUUGUUACAUCCCUAAGCGUCAGGGUACUGCAUUCUCAGCAGGCACAAGACAUUGAUACAACGUUGAUUAUACGUACAUGUCCUUUAAAACUGACUUCUAAACAACGCUGCAAAAUAGUUGUAUUUGUAAAUUUAGACAACGUUGAUGUCAAACGUUGGAUCCACGUUGUUGGUUGGGAAAUGACCAAAUUUCAAUGGUCAAAUCAACCUCACAACCUGACAUUGAAUAAAUGUAGUCAAAAAGCAUGUUGUUUCAACGAUAUAUUUGUGUUGUAGAAUAUUGGUUGGGAAAUGACCAAAAUUCAAUGAUCAAAUCAACAUCAGACUUGACGUUUGUCAAAAAGCAUGUUGUUUUAACGUUGUAUUUGUGUUGUAGAGUAUUGGUUGGGAAAUUACCAAAAUUCAAUGGUCAAAUCAACAUCAGAACCCAACAUUGAUUUAACGUCAAAAAGCAUGUUGUUUCAACGUUGUAUUUGUGUUGUACAAACCCCGUUUCCAUAUGAGUUGGGAAAUUGUGUUAGAUGUAAAUAUAAACGGAAUACAAUGAUUUGCUAAUCAUUUUCCACCCAUAUUCAGUUGAAUAUGCUACAAAGACAACAUAUUUGAUGUUCAAACUGAUAAACUUUUUUUUUUUUGCAAAUAAUCAUUAACUUUAGAAUUUGAUGCCAACAACACGUGACAAAGAUGUUGGGAAAGGUGGCAAUAAAUACUAAUAAAGUUGAGGAAUGCUCAUCAAACACUUAUUUGGAACAUCCCACAGGUGAACAGGCUAAUUGGGAACAGGUGGGUGCCAUGAUUGGGUAUAAAAGUAGAUUCCAUGAAAUGCUCAGUCAUUUACAAACAAGGACGGGGCGAGGGUCACCACUUUGUCAACAAAUGCGUGAGCAAAUUGUUGAACAGUUUAAGAAAAACCUUUCUCAACCAGCUAUUGCAAGGAAUUUAGGUAUUUC